AUGAGUUCGAAUAAUUAAAGCAAUGGAUCUGAAAAAUAAGUAGUUAAUAGAGUUGAGAUCUCGGAAGAACCUACAACUGUAGUUUGGAAUGGCUAGAGUAAUAAUGAAAUUUAGAUAUUGGUUAAUAAAUCAUUAGGAGAUACGAUGUCAUACUUGGAUGUUUUGAAAUAUAAGAGCACCCUGGCAAAAAAGAUCUUAAGAUAGUGA